ACCGCCCUUCCUCCACCUCUCUCGAAAGCAACUCUCUUCAAAAAGAAAAAAAAAAAGAAAAAGAAAAAAACAGAAAAAAAUCUGAAAAAUGGCAGAUCUGAAGAGCAACAUAGAAUCUAUCAGAGAAUGGGUCGUCGAUCACAAGCUUCGAACCGUUGGGUGCCUUUGGUUGAGCGGCAUCACAGGCUCGAUCGCUUACAACUGGUCUCGCCCCACCAUGAAGACCAGCGUCAAGAUCAUCCAUGCUAGGCUGCAUGCUCAGGCACUUACACUGGCAGCAUUGGCUGGAGCUGCAGUCGUCGAGUAUUACGACCAUCGAUCUGGAACAAAGGCAGAGAGAUAUGCAAAUCAGUUCUUCCCCAAAGAUUCCCCCCACUCACACAAGGAUUGAGAAAAAAAUCAUAUACAAAAGGGGAACUCACCAUACAUCCAGACCAUCGUUUUAUAUGACUCGUUUGAUCUCACAUGAAUACUUCUUCUGAGGAAUAGAUAGUGAUUAUUACAGUUUUAAUAAAUUUGUUGAAUUCAUUUUUGCUUCUUUGGCUGUAUGAAAUUCUUUCAUCAUCAUGGCCCAUUUCUGUCCCAGAAGGAAUGUCUCUGAUAAUCAGUUGUAAUGAAUAUUAUGUUAGUUUCCAGUUAGUAUAUAUGCAUCAAUUACAACCAUCCAUUGGAUGUACCGAUUGGGUAUGUGCUGGUUGAGCCUA